AACGAAGAUACGCAGCCGUUUGUACCACAGCCGGGACCUAGUAAACCAGAAUCGAGCUAUGCAAACCUGGAAGAAGAUCACCAAGAUAGAACGGUAACGAUCAUUGAUACUGAGAGGAUUAGUGCUCCACAAGGGAAUGUUGAACAAUACAAAGAAGUGCCUCAAGUUGUUGCACCGUCUUACAAUAGACCUUUGAAGAUCAGACCUAUACAAGUGGAACCCUCAAGUUACGAUGUAUCACCUGCGCCGAUAAAACCAUAUGCACCGCAACCUGCACUGCAACGGAUAAGCAUCCAGCCACAGCUUGGUUAUCAAGGACCGAGUAGUGGUAAUGGUUACCAACAGCAGGGAGGAUAUGUCCCACCACAGCAGACGGGAGGAUACAUCCCACCACAGCAGACUGGAAAUUACGUUCCUCCACCUCCGGCUGGAGGUUACGUUCCUCCCCCACAGACAUUCCAACCUCCUCCGCCACCAAUCCUGCAGCCACAGCCAAUCCAGUUUCCUGCUCCACCGCCCUAUCAGCCCCUGCCAACUUAUCAACUUCCUCAACAUCAGCCACAACCUCAGCCGGGCUGUUGCGGAGGUCAGCUAUUUAGCCAACAAGGUUCUCUGUGCAUGCCGAUGAGUUUCAAUCCAUGCCAGCGCCAACAGCCAUUUGGUGGAGGAGCAUGCGGUGUCUGCUCCUCAGCUUGUCCAUCUGCCUGUGCACCUGCUCAAGGUUGUAACACUGGUGGUUGCUGCUCAGUACGAGUAUGUUCUUACAGAGUGAAUUUUUUGGGGCAUUAUUGAAA